AUAUUUUAGUAGUAAUUUUGAGAACUAGGCAGAUGGCCAAAGAAAGAAAGCAUUAAAUAAUAAUAAUAAUAGUCCAUACCGUAAGAAGUCGGUUACGGACAGCGUGGUUAAUCCAUUGCAUGUCCUCUUCGUGUCACCUGAAACUCAACGCCUUCUUUCUUUACAUACACGUUCAUUUCCGAUAAUCUCCACCUUUUUUUUAAAAUAAAGUAAAUAGUAAAAUAUUUGCGAUGGGGAGGAAGAGGAGCGCGCCGCUGAACAAGCUGUUUGCGUUGGUGCGGCGGCAGUCCACCAAGGUCAAGACUUUCGUGGCCACGGUGUCGAUACUGGCGGCGCUGGUGGCGCUCAGGUUCCUCGUCCAUGACCACAACCAUUUCUUCGUCGCCUCCGAAUCCAUCCAUUUUGCCGGGAUUUUGGUCCUCAUCUACAAGCUCACUACUAAAAAAUCUUGCUCAGGGCUGUCUCUGAAGACACAAGAACUAACUGCCAUGUUCUUGGCUGCAAGAUUAUGUUGCAGUUGGUUCAUGGAGGGCGACAUUCACACUUUUCUCGAUUUUGUAACGCUCGUGGCAACGCUGUGGGUCGUAUACAUGAUGAGGUUCAAGCUGAGGUCGACCUACAUUGCAGACUUGGACAAUAUGCCCUUGUAUUAUGUGGCGGUGCCUUCUGCAAUUCUAGCCCUGUUCAUCCAUCCUUACACGCACCACGCUCAUGCUGGCCGGAUGCUGUGGGCCUUCUCUGUAUAUGCGGAGUCCAUCUGCGUAUUGCCACAGCUUCGGAUGAUUCAGAACACCAAGAUGAUUGAGCCAUUUACAGCCAAUUACGUAUUUGCACUCGGUGUUGCAAGAUUUCUAGGAUGUGCUCAUUGGAUCAUCAAGGUAUAUGAUUCGGCUGGGGCGUACUUGUUCCUGGUUGGAGCUAGCUACGCGUGGCUUCCCGUGGUUCUGCUAACAGAAAUUGUACAGACAUUCAUCUUAGUCGAUUUCUGUUACUACUACAUCAAGAGUAUGAUGAAUGGCCAACUCCUUGUCAGCCUGUCGUCCCCUGUCUAAUAAUUUUCAAGCCCGGGGAACGUUUUCAAUGGACAUCAUGUUUGUGGAUAUAAAUAUUUUCAUGCAUGAAAGGGAUGGAUAUUAUGUACUAUUUCCUUGUGUCUAAUCUUGGAUUUUGAUAAAUUGCAUCAUCCUGUCUAAUUUGAGCGUUCCCAUCAUAAAAUGUUUGGACUCUGUUAUUCAUCAAUGACACACUGUGUUAGGCCCGAUUUGGAGCAA